UUUUCGCAUUUUUCCCGAGAACUCUGGGCUGCUAACCCCGCCGGGGCACUGUUCCUCCGCCACUGCGCGGCUCCUUUGGAGUAGGGAGCUUAAGGGAAAAAAAAACCGUGCCGGCGGGCGAGGAGGCGGCGGGGGAAGAUGCGCGGCGUCGGCUGGCAGACGCUGCCCCUGUCGCUGGGGUUAGUGCUGGCGGUCCUGAACGAGGUGGCGCCGCAGGCGUGCCCGGCACAGUGCUCCUGCUCAGGCAGCACGGUGGACUGUCACGGGCUGGCGCUGCGCAGCGUGCCCAGGAAUAUCCCCCGCAACGCCGAGAGGCUGGAUUUGAAUGGAAAUAACAUCACACGGAUUACCAAGACAGAUUUCACUGGUCUUAGACAUCUUCGAGUUCUUCAGCUUAUGGAGAAUAAGAUUAGCACCAUUGAAAGAGGAGCAUUCCAGGAUCUUAAAGAACUAGAGAGAUUGCGUUUAAACAGAAAUCACCUUCAGCUGUUUCCUGAGUUGCUGUUUCUUGGGACCUCAAAGUUAUACAGACUUGAUCUCAGUGAAAAUCAAAUCCAGGCAAUUCCAAGGAAGGCUUUCCGUGGGGCAGUUGACAUUAAAAAUCUGCAACUGGAUUACAACCAGAUCAACUGUAUUGAAGAUGGAGCAUUUAGGGCUCUCCGGGACCUGGAAGUGCUCACUCUCAACAAUAACAACAUUACCAGACUUUCUGUGGCAAGUUUCAACCAUAUGCCUAAACUCAGAACUUUUCGACUCCAUUCCAACAACCUCUAUUGUGACUGCCACCUGGCCUGGCUCUCUGACUGGCUGCGCCAACGGCCUCGGGUUGGCCUGUACACUCAGUGUAUGGGUCCAUCCCACCUGAGGGGCCAUAAUGUAGCUGAGGUUCAGAAACGAGAAUUUGCCUGCAGUGGUCAUCAGUCCUUUAUGGCUCCUUCUUGCAGUGUUUUACAUUGCCCAGCUGCUUGUACUUGUAGCAACAAUAUCGUAGACUGUCGUGGGAAAGGUCUCACGGAAAUCCCCACAAAUCUGCCAGAGACCAUCACAGAAAUACGUUUGGAACAGAACUCAAUCAAGGUCAUCCCUCCUGGAGCUUUCUCACCAUAUAAAAAGCUUAGAAGAAUCGACCUGAGCAAUAAUCAGAUCUCCGAACUAGCACCAGAUGCUUUCCAAGGACUGCGCUCACUGAAUUCUCUUGUCCUCUAUGGAAAUAAAAUCACUGAACUCCCCAAGAACUUAUUUGAAGGACUAUUUUCCUUACAGCUUCUAUUAUUGAAUGCCAACAAGAUAAACUGCCUUCGGGUAGAUGCUUUUCAGGAUCUCCACAACUUGAACCUUCUCUCCUUAUAUGACAACAAGCUUCAGACCAUCGCCAAGGGAACCUUCUCACCUCUCCGGGCCAUUCAAACCAUGCAUUUGGCUCAGAACCCAUUUAUUUGUGACUGCCAUCUGAAAUGGCUGGCGGAUUAUCUCCACACCAACCCAAUCGAGACCAGCGGUGCCCGCUGUACCAGCCCCCGCCGUCUGGCAAACAAAAGAAUCGGACAGAUCAAGAGCAAGAAAUUCCGUUGUUCAGCUAAAGAACAGUAUUUCAUUCCAGGUACAGAAGAUUAUCGAUCAAAAUUAAGUGGAGACUGCUUUGCAGAUCUGGCUUGCCCUGAAAAGUGCCGCUGUGAGGGGACGACCGUAGACUGCUCCAAUCAAAAACUCAACAAAAUACCAGACCACAUUCCCCAGUACACAGCAGAGCUGCGUCUCAAUAAUAAUGAAUUCACAGUUUUGGAAGCCACAGGAAUCUUUAAGAAACUUCUACAAUUACGUAAAAUAAACUUCAGCAACAAUAAGAUCACAGACAUUGAAGAGGGUGCUUUUGAAGGAGCGUCUGGGGUAAACGAAAUACUUCUCACAAGUAAUCGCUUAGAAAAUGUUCAGCACAAGAUGUUCAAGGGAUUGGAAAGCCUCAAAACUUUGAUGUUGAGAAGUAAUCGCAUAAGCUGUGUAGGGAAUGACAGUUUCACAGGCCUCAGUUCUGUACGUUUGCUCUCCUUAUAUGAUAAUCAAAUUACUACAGUUGCACCAGGGGCGUUUGAUACUCUCCAUUCUUUAUCUACUCUAAACCUCUUGGCCAAUCCUUUUAACUGUAACUGCUACCUGGCGUGGUUGGGAGAGUGGCUUAGGAAGAAGAGAAUUGUAACAGGAAAUCCUCGAUGUCAAAAACCUUACUUCUUAAAAGAAAUCCCCAUUCAGGAUGUUGCCAUUCAAGACUUCACUUGUGAUGAUGGGAACGAUGACAAUAGUUGUUCUCCGCUCUCUCGCUGCCCUACGGAAUGCACUUGUCUGGACACAGUUGUCCGAUGCAGCAACAAGGGCUUAAAGGUCUUGCCGAAAGGUAUUCCAAGAGAUGUCACUGAGUUGUAUCUGGAUGGGAAUCAAUUUACACUGGUUCCCAAGGAACUCUCUAACUACAAACAUUUAACACUUAUAGACUUAAGUAACAACCGAAUAAGCACCCUGUCUAAUCAGAGCUUCAGCAACAUGACACAGCUCCUCACCUUAAUUCUUAGCUACAACCGUCUCAGAUGUAUUCCUCCCCGAACCUUCGAUGGAUUGAAGUCUCUUCGAUUACUUUCUUUACAUGGAAAUGACAUUUCUGUUGUGCCUGAAGGUGCUUUCAGUGAUCUGUCUUCAUUAUCACACCUAGCAAUUGGAGCCAAUCCUCUUUACUGUGAUUGUAACAUGCAGUGGUUAUCCGACUGGGUCAAGUCGGAAUAUAAAGAACCGGGCAUUGCUCGCUGCGCUGGUCCUGGAGAAAUGGCAGAUAAGCUGCUACUCACAACUCCCUCCAAAAAAUUUGCAUGUCAAGGUCCGGUGGAUGUUAAUAUUCUUGCUAAAUGUAAUCCCUGUUUAUCGAAUCCAUGUAAAAAUGAUGGCACCUGUAAUAAUGAUCCAGUUGACUUUUAUCGGUGCACCUGUCCCUACGGUUUCAAGGGACAGGACUGUGAUGUGCCAAUUCAUGCAUGUAUCAGUAACCCCUGUAAACAUGGAGGAACUUGCCACUUAAAAGAAGGAGGAAAAGAUGGAUUCUGGUGCAUUUGUGCUGAUGGAUUUGAAGGAGAAAAUUGUGAAAUCAAUGUGGAUGACUGUGAAGAUAAUGACUGUGAAAAUAAUUCAACGUGUGUCGAUGGAAUUAAUAACUACACAUGCCUUUGCCCACCUGAGUACACAGGCGAGUUGUGUGAGGAGAAGCUGAACUUCUGUGCCCAGGACCUGAAUCCCUGCCAGCACGACUCCAAGUGUAUCUUGACGCCAAAGGGAUUCAAGUGUGACUGCACACCAGGGUACAUAGGCGAGCACUGCGACAUCGAUUUUGACGACUGCCAAGAUAACAAGUGCAAAAACGGAGCCCUCUGUACGGAUGCUGUGAAUGGCUAUACGUGCAUCUGCCCCGAAGGGUACAGUGGCUUAUUCUGUGAGUUUUCUCCACCCAUGGUCCUCCCUCGUACUAGCCCCUGUGAUCAUUUCGAUUGUCAGAAUGGCGCUCAGUGCAUCAUCAGGAUAAAUGAGCCAAUAUGCCAGUGUUUGCCUGGCUAUCAGGGAGAGAAGUGUGAAAAAUUGGUCAGUGUGAAUUUUGUAAACAAAGAAUCUUAUCUUCAGAUUCCUUCAGCCAAGGUUCGGCCUCAAACGAACAUCUCUCUUCAGAUUGCCACAGAUGAAGACAGUGGAAUCCUCCUGUACAAGGGUGACAAAGACCAUAUAGCUGUCGAAUUGUACCGGGGACGUGUGCGUGCCAGCUAUGACACCGGCUCCCACCCGGCCUCUGCCAUUUACAGCGUGGAGACGAUUAAUGACGGAAAUUUCCACAUUGUGGAACUGCUGGCCCUGGAUCAGAGUCUCUCCCUCUCUGUGGAUGGAGGCAGCCCCAAAAUCAUCACCAACUUGUCCAAGCAGUCCACUCUGAAUUUUGACUCCCCACUCUAUGUAGGAGGCAUGCCCGGGAAGAACAGUGUGGCGGCCGCGGCCCUGCGCCAGGCCCCGGGGCAGAAUGGCACCAGCUUCCACGGCUGCAUCCGAAACCUGUACAUCAACAGCGAGCUGCAGGACUUCCGGAAGGUGCCCAUGCAGACAGGCAUCCUGCCCGGCUGUGAGCCGUGCCACAGGAAGGUGUGUGCCCACGGCACCUGCCGGCCCAGCAGCCAGUCGGGCUUCACCUGCGAGUGUGCGGAGGGCUGGGCGGGGCCGCUCUGCGACCAGCGCACCAACGACCCCUGCAUCGGCAACAAAUGCGUCCAUGGUACCUGCUUGGCCAUCAAUGCAUUCUCCUACAGUUGUAAGUGCCUAGAGGGCCACAGAGGUGUCCUCUGUGAUGAAGAGGAGGAUCUGUUUAACCCUUGCCAGGCCAUAAAGUGCAAGCACGGGAAAUGCAGGCUUUCAGGACUUGGGCAGCCCUACUGCGAGUGCAGCAGUGGAUACACUGGGGACAGCUGUGACCGAGAAAUUUCUUGUCGAGGGGAACGCGUAAGAGAUUAUUACCAAAAGCAGCAGGGCUAUGCCGCCUGCCAAACCACCAAGAAGGUCUCCCGACUGGAGUGCAAGGGCGGGUGUCCAGGCAGCCAGUGCUGUGGGCCUCUGAGGAGCAAGCGGCGGAAAUACUCUUUUGAAUGCACUGACGGCUCUUCCUUUGUGGACGAGGUCGAGAAGGUGGUGAAAUGCGGCUGUACGAGGUGUGCCGCCUGAACCCGGCCCUGGAAACUUCCGUCGUUGGCAGGGGUUGUGUACUGAUCGACCACGUGGGACUAAUUGAUGCUUCAUAGUGGAAAUAUUUGAAAUAUAUUGUAAAAUACAGAACAGACUUAUUUUUAUUAUGAGAAUAAAGAUUUUUUUUUUUCUGCAUUCGGGGAAAAAAAAUAAAUAAAAAGAAAUGCUUGAACUAAAGCUUCCCCUACACUGGAGAAGUGCAAAGAAAGAUAUACCUGGAGGCAUUAUAAUGAUGGAAACCUUUGUAACUCGGAUUUGUCUUUGUGACAUGCUGAAGACAAGCAAAAGCACAGGCACAGGACACAGACUCCCCACUGUGGGUUGCUGUGCAUUGCCCGGAACGUGGCACCUGUGCCCUCCUUCACAUCCAGGAAGUUCACUAGGACUUAAAAGCACAUGAGAGUGAGAGAGGAUGCAAGGAGGGGAAUGGAACUCCAGAAUUCACAGCAUUAACAAGCAGAUGAGGAAUAUUCUGGGCAUAACAUAAAGCAUCCUGAAGAUCUGGGUUCCAUUUAUGAGAGGAAAAUGAUGGGAGUGCUAAAAUCAAUUUUAUCUUUAAACAUAUCAGCAUGUUAGCAGAAGCACACAAAAGUGUUCAUCUACCAUUUUCCAGUAUUAAUUUUUUUGUAAUAUAAAAGAUAAAGGAGAUGAUAAAGAACCAAUAGAUUAUUGAGAAAGAAAUUAGUAAUAAUAUGAAUUUUUGUUUCUAUGAGUUCUAAACAGCCCUAUACAGUAUUCAGUUUCAAGGAGAAUAUUUAUUGUAUCAAAGUACAUUGUACUUAACAUUUUAGGCCAUCCUUUUGCUGUUUCUUGAUGCUUUAAUAUAUAUUAAUUUAUAAUUGUCCUGAUAUUUUUGUACAUUUUUCAAACUUAAAAAUCAGGAUUUUUUUUUUUUUUUUUUGGCAAUAGUACUAACAUAGAGUGUUAUCUUGGGAUAAAUAUUGGUUGGUCCAUUUGUUGACCUUGACAUCUGAUCACUGAUGUCACUGACCUACAACCCUCAGUCAGGACAACUGCAGAGAGUAUGUACAGUCAAGGAGAGGAAAACACAGACCUAUGUGUCAGAUGGUCAUUGUACAGAAAAAGCUGGCCUCUCUGCAACAUGUACUCACAGAAAAGAAAUGAUGUAUAGCAGUCAACACUAGAAAUUAGACCUUUUACAAAUUAAUAUUUCCUUGGAGGUUUUUUCCCUUUUUUGCGGGGUGGGGGAGAGUGGGAAGAGAAAAGGCUGUAAUGUCAAGAACUGUGAUUUUUUUUUUUCCGAACAAUAAAACUCCUUUAUUACCUUAAUGUUCCCAUGUUAACAUGUUUGCUGCUAAAUUACAAUGUAGAAUUGAUAAUGAUCUAUAGUGGACUGUGCUCUUCCCUCAUUAAAAUCCCAGGGUUCCCUGUAAAGAUGCAGAUGUUUCUUUCCAAAACCUUUUUUUCACAAAGAAAAUUAGAUGUUCAUGUAUAAUUCAGUGUGCUUUGUCUUUAUCCAGACUAAUAUCAGUGACACUACUGAUGUUUGUAAAUUAAACAGAUAUUUACUUCA